CGCCGUGUCCCGACAAUCCAGGAAUCCAGGGGCCGAUGCUAUUUGGGGAACAACUAUAUAUAAGUGUCAGUUACUCCUCUCCCUUCGUACACCGACAGACACGAUGGAGACAUUCAGAUGGGGAGUUUUAACUGUGAUUCUUGCCUUUUGUGCUGCCAAAACGGCAGAAGAAUGGAAAUCAAGAAUUAUAUAUCAGUUGCUGACAGAUCGAUUCUCACAAAAGGGAGACAACCCUAACACAACUUGCAGUGAUCUGAGAAGUUACUGUGGCGGGACGUUUAAAGGGAUCGAGGAAAACCUGGACUACAUUCAAGGCCUUGGUGCCAAUGCCAUAUGGAUUUCUCCAACAGUCGAAAAUACUGUCAACGGUUACCAUGGAUACUGGGCUAAGAACAUUUACAAAGUUAACCCAGAGUUUGGAACCAAGGAGGAACUGAAGAGUUUGAUAGCUGAAUGUCACAAGCGGGAUAUCUGGGUCAUGUUCGACGUGGUCGCCAACCACAUGGGCCGAACCAGUGGCUGUAGUGACCGUUCCUGCCCGGCAAAGAAACUCACCAACUUCACAGAGUUUGUUCCCUUUGACCAGCAGGAGCACUACCAUGAGCUUUGCUACAUCCAAGGGUCGUCUAACCAGUCCGAGAUUGAGGAAUGCCGACUGGGAAUCCUUCCUGACUUGAACCAAUCAGUGCCCAAUGUGAGAGAGACCCUCUUAGACUGGGUUGCCAACCUGACGCGGGAGUACGACGUGGACGGUCUCCGUAUUGAUACAUUGUGUGAGGUUCCCAAGCCGUUCUGGCGCGAGUUCCAGGAAUCUGCUGGGGUGUUCUGUCUGGGGGAAGCCAACUACUACGACCGGCCGCGCUACCUGGCGGCGUACCAGGGCUCCGCACUGGAGGCGUUGCUUAACUUCCCCCUGUACUGGGCUCUGCGGAGGAGUUUCAACGAGAAGAAGCCUAUGACCCAACUGCUAGACAGUAUUCACUUACAGAAAGAAAUCUUCAAUGAUACAACUGUGUUGGGAUUAUUCGUUGACAACCACGACUUCCAACGUUUCCUUAAUAUGACCCCGGACGUCACACUACUGAGGAACUCUCUAGUCUAUGUCUUCUUCAGUCAAGGCAUCCCGCUGGUGUACUACGGCACUGAACAGCUGUACCACGGGGGAGCGGAUCCUAACAACCGGGAGGCCCUCUGGCCGCACCUUGACAACACGACAGCGAUGUACCAGUUUAUCAGGCAGCUAGCUGAUGGGAGAAAGUCGGUCGGAGUUGACUUUGGCGCCCUCAACCAAAAGGAGGUGUACGUGGACAACGAUACGCUGGUCAUAACAAGGGGAGACAAGCAAGAGCUAUUAAUCGCGGUGACCAAUGUUGGCAAGUCACAAGGCAGUGUACAGAAAUCUGUCGGCAAUCUCACAGACAUGGAACAAGGAUCCGUGUUCGUCAACAUCUGGGACAAGACAGACACAGCCACUGUUAACGGCGGAGUAAUGACAAUCUCUCUGACAAAUGGAGAGCCAAAGAUUUUCAAGCAAGUACCACCGACGCCGCCAGUACGUGAUAAUUCAUCUGCAGCAGCCAUAUUUGUGCAUCCUUUGGCGGCCAUAUUGUGUUUCUGUGUUAUCGUCUUUUCAUAAAAAAAAUUCACUGUGGUUUCAGGUGAAAGAAAAGAAUAGCUCACAAAAAGGGCAUUUGGACAAAAAGACAAUUGUGUUUUGUUUCACGACAGUCUACAUUAUAUAGGACAAGUUACUACAGGACCCUUUUUGACAAAUGGGAUAUGCUUUAUUUCAGAAAUGAGGAGAAAAUAUAUAGAAAUCGUUAUUAAGAAAGUACAGUGAUUAAGAAAGAUAUGAACGAGAAUUCUACCACGACUCUGUUUUAUUUCUUUGUUCUUUAACGCCACACACUAAUAUUUCAACUACAUGAAUGUAUAUACGGCUGUAAAUAAUCGAGUAUAGACCAGAAAACGGGUAUCUAAUUCCAUUAGAUACCUAAAAAAUGAAAAAAAAAGCCUUUUCAUACAAACGUCUGAACAUAUCAAUCUAUCGAAAGCCGACCUAUAACAAUGGUUGCCGAUAACCCUUUGGAACUAAUAUCGAUAUCCAAACAUUGUCAGAUGUUUUGUCACUAACUGGCAAAAUGCAUAAGCAUCUAUGUGAUCGUGGCAGCUUAUCAAAGAUGGUUAAAUCUUUUUCUGAACGCCUUCUAAUGUGGGAAACACGCACUAAACACUGUGUCACAUAGAUAAGGGGUCACACACGUGAGGCCGUCUUGCCUUCAAUUAUAAAUGACAUUCAGACAUAUAUGGUGAACAUUAUUCCAGAUCGAGGUUGUCCUCUAGGUUCAAGCAAUUUGUAAACAGCACUGUCACCGUGAACAACUAUUUUGUCAGCCAUGGGCUGUGAACAGUCAAACAUGUAGGUCAACUUCAGCCGGGGCGACUUUUAGAGUUAGUCAUUUUGAACAUGUACUGCUGUCAUAGAGUUAUUUCAAAACAACUGGUAUGUAAGUUCAACUUCAAAACCACUAAAAUCCUGUUAUUUAAUAAAUUUUGUUGAGAAAUAA